UUUGAAGAUUUGCUGGAUGGAAUCCGAGUGUUGAACCGCGUCGCAGACGCAGUCGAGUGUAAAUAUAUCUCUUCGCUCUUCUGGUCCAAGUACAGACGUUACUAUAGUUAAACGAUUUAGAAUCGCACAGGUAUUACCUUCCAAGAAGGGCAAUGCUAUCAUGAGUGAAAGCGAAGUCAUUGCCCACGGAAACCGACUCGUGACAACCCCAAGAAACCCGGGGCAUGCUGUGUACCCCAAAGCCCAAGCGUCGGGGCUACCAAGCGAUACCCACGGUCGAGAUCAACUAGGACUGAGCAUGGUGCAGACUGCGUGUGCAUGGCAAAUGAUGUCUUUUUUUUUUUUUUUUCUACAGAAGCGACAGGGUCAGACUUUCGUUUGGCGUAUGUCAGUGAGAAACAGCGUUGGCCAUGUUUCGUUCAAGUCUAGGGCUGUUUGUGCCACCAAGUUCAUUGAUUAGUAAGGGCGAUUUGGGUCGCCCCGGGGGUAGUCAUUAGCUCUAAGCCUGACCGAAAUUCAUUCUCUUGCCGGCAUAGAACCAGACCAGUUCGCAAGUUGCAUAGAAG